AUGGAAGAGAUUCCGGCCUCUGAGUUCGACGGCCGUGACUUCGAUGCUCGCGAGGUGGUGCAGAGGUACAGAAAGCGAGUGCCAUUGCCGCAGCUCCAGAAAGGGCUCCGCGCACACCACGCUGCCACUCGUCAGGAACUCGUGGAGCUGAUCAAUGAGAAGUAUGCGGACUUCGUCAGCCUAUCGUCCCAGAUGCAAGGCGUGGAACGUGCCCUGAAGCCCCUGCGCGUGCCCCUGGAGGAGUCCAGCGAUUUGAUGCAGGGCCUCCGCUCCAAGCUGCGGAGCAUCUUGGGACAGGCCGACGAGGCGCACGAGUCGCUCGCACAGGUGCGUGCGCGAAAGGACGCCCUCGUCGCGUACAUCGAGAACGCUCGAAUCCUGGACAGGGCGAAGGCACAGGCUGCGCGCGGCGGCGGCCGGGAGCGCCGCGACGCGCUGUCGGAGCACGCGUCGCUGGAGAACGUGGCGCGCGACCUUCGCAGGAUCCGCCUCAACCUGGGCGGCGAGGCCCGGGCCGCUGGAGCCGGCUCUGGCUCCCCCGCGGCGAGCGGCCCCGGCGGCGAGGCGCCGGCGGCCGCCGCCCUCGGCCGGCCGCCGCCGCCGGCCCUCGGGGCCUCGCCGGAGUGCCAGGCGCUGCUGCGGGAGGCGGCCGACUUCGAGGAGCAGUUUGCGGGCCAGGUGCGGGAAAGGCUGCUGGGCCUGGCGGUGGCCGCCAGGCGCCGCUGGGACGCGGCCGGAGGCGGCGCCGAGGCAACGCCGGGGUCCGCGCCGGCGCUGGCGCGGGGCGAGCUGCUCGCCGUCGCGCACCUGUGCCGUGCCCUCGUGGCCGUCGGGCGCGCUGGGGCAGCAGAGGAGGUCUUCGCGCAGGUCUUCACCGAAGAGGUCCUCGACAGGGCCACGUCAGAGUGCACCGCGGCGGCGGAGGAGAUCCAGCGCAGGUCAAGCCUUGGCGACGCUGGCACAAGUCCGGGGGGCAGCCUGACGCUGGCGAUCGGCGCCGGUGCCGUGGACCUGGGUCCAUUCUUUGCCGCCGUGGGCGCCGCGCUGCUCGGCGAGGACACGCCGGUGGUUUGGCUGGCCCGGCAGCUCGGCGGUGGCGCAGGCCCGUGCGAGGAGGGCGCCGAGGCCCAGAGCUCUCUGCUGGCAGUGCCGUCGCUGGCUCUUGUCGCAAACGCGGUGGCGACGCCAGCGCUGCAGCACGUGCAGAGGGUCUGGCCCAACACGUUCAUGCCUGCGUUCCCGGACGUGUUCGCGGCGAACUACGCCCAGUCCGCUCUUUUUCUCAAGGCGGCGGAGGCGCGCAUGUCGGCCGCCGAGAGGAGUGCGUUCCGGCAGGGGGCGGCGCUGCGGGAUUUUCAGCGGCGCUGGAAGACACAGGUGUACUCGUCCCUGCGCAAGAAGGAGACGGAGCAGCGCCUCGAGGCCGCCGCCGCGGCCUCCCGGGUGCCCCAGGCGGGCCCGCCCGCCGCGGCGCCCGCGCACUCCGCCGCGGGGCGCGGCUUCUGGGUGCGCGCGUCCGGGGAGCUGGCGGGGUCGCUGGAGAUGCUCUGGAGCGACCGCUGGUACCUUGAGAUGGUGCAGACUUCUCUCGAGCUGCUCGCGCGGUACGCGCGCAUCGUCCAGUCGCUGGUGGACGGCGUCAGGGGCGACGAGGGUGGCUGGGACGCGGCUGCGUCUCCUCCUGCGUGGUCGCCCUCGUCGGUGCCCGUGCACCUCGCCCGCGUAGCCUCCGACGUCUUCGCGGUGAUCGCUGAGCUUCGGUGCGCGCGGGGCGCCCCCGGUGCCGAGGCCGAGGGCCGCUGGGCGCGCAUGGUGCUGGCGCGCGCGCCGCCCGGCAGCGGCCGGCCGCGGGAGGUGGUGGGAGAGCUGCUCGGGCAGGCCGUGCAGGGCCUCGGCGCGCCCCUGGAGGCGCUGCAGGAGGUCGUGGUCCGGCACGUCGCCGCGGCCGCGGCGCCCGAGUUCGCCGCCAUCCGGGGCAUUCCUGCCUUCUACCGCAUGCUGGACAAGCCCGUGCCGAGGAAGGCGACGCCGUAUGUGGAGUCGGCGAUGCGGCCGAUCCAGGCGCUCCGGGAGGCUGCGGGGGAGGUCGCCCCAGCCGAGGUGGUGGCCGAGUGGACCCGCCAGGCCGUGGACGGCGCCGCCGCGGAGUUCGCGACGCAGGCGGCCCAGCUCCUCGAGUCGACUCGGCAGCAGGAGGCCUCGCUCAGGCGGCUGGGCAACCGCGGCGCGGGCGGAGAGUCGCAGGUGUCCGACCUCGACAAGAUCCACAUCCAGCUCGCGCUGGACGCCUCCGCCUUCGCGGCUGCCGCCGCGGGGCUGGGCGCGGCGCCGGAGGGGUGCCACGGGCUGCGCAGGCUGCAGGAGGUGGUCGAGCCCCUGAGGGCGCUGUUCGAGGCCCACCGGCCGGUGGACGCCUGA